AUGUCGGCCAUUCGCUCCGACUCGCUUGUAGAGGGUGUCGUUUCGGUUUCAGGCCACGAUGCCUUCGAUGAGAAGACCACUGUCAAUGUGACCACCAAAGAUGACCACCAAGUCACCACUACAUCCUUCGGAUCCGGAGAGGAUGGUGCCGAGGAUGAUCGUAGCAGUGACGACGUGAUCAUCGUCGAUGGUACUGAUGCGGCGAACCACUUGCUCCCAAUGCGGGAUGAUGGUGACCCAGCUUUGACCUUCCGAAGUCUCCUCUUGGCCUCGGGUCUCUCGUGCUUCCAGGCGGUCAUGUACCAAAUCUAUAUGUUCAAACCAACCGCUAUUACAAUCCAAGGAACUUUCAUCGUCCUCAUUUCGUACUUUGUUGGCAGAGCCUGGGCCAAGUUCCUCCCCCGCGGAGAUAAAUUCGAGGCUCGAUGGAGGGCGAAGGGUGGUCAAGGAAAGCUUCCCUUAUACAUCACUAUUCUCAAGUUCAUCAACAAUGGGCCAUGGACAUUGAAGGAACAUGCGAUUUGCUCUAUCACGGCCACGAGCGCUUCAAGCGCCGCCGCAAGCUCAGAGGUGUUCGCAGCGCAAGAGCUCUUUUACAAUAUGUCGCUGACCCCGACAACUAUCAUCUUGAGCACUAUCUCUAUUGGCCUGUUCGGAUACGGAAUCUGUGGAAUCAUGCGUCCAAUUGCGGUCUGGCAUGUUGAUGCCGUCUACUGGAGUACCUUGCCCACUGUUAAAGUUCUUCAAGGACUUCAUUGGCAGGACCUGAAGAAUUCAAAGCCGCUGAGAUACUUCUGGUAUGCUUUUGCCGGCAUGUCUCUCUAUGAAAUCUUCCCUGCCUAUAUAUUUGUCUGGCUUAACUCUAUCUCCAUCCCGUGUCUGGCUGCUAUGAAGGCCACUGGUAGUAAGGCUGCUGUCCUUACUAACCUCUUCGGCGGUGCCUCAAAUAAUGAGGGUCUGGGUCUUUUUACUUUCUCUUUCGACUGGCAAUAUAUCACCUCCUUCCAAACCGCUCUUCCUCUUACGCUCCAAGCUCACCAAGCCGCCGGCUUUGUUGCUUGCUUUAUUGCAAUGCUUGGCAUUUACUAUGGAAAUGGUUGGAAUUCGAGGUCACUUCCCUUCAUGUCGACGAGGCUUCUUCUGAAUAACGGAACUUCAUACCCCGUCACUGAAGUCUUUGUUGGUGGAGUCCUGGAUGAAGCAGCUUUGCUUAAACACGGCUUGCCCAAACUGACCGGAACUUUUGCCUUUGCCAUGUUUAUGGCCAAUGCUGCCAUCGGAGCUCUCAUUGUUCACUGCUUCCUCUUCUGGGGCAAGGACAUCUAUAAAGCGUUUAAGAGUGCCAAAGAAGGUCGGUACGACGAUCGCCACCAUGAACAUAUGGUCAAGCACUACAAAGAAGCGCCUUGGUGGUGGUAUGUGGCUGUUCUUGUUAUCAGUUUCAUCCUAGGUCUUAUUGUGGUCCUUAAAGAGGACAUUUCGCUCCCAGCUUGGGCAUAUGUUGUCUCUUUAGUGGUUGGAAUCAUCAUAUCUCCCUUUAGUACUAUCCUGUACUCUCGCUACGGCAAUGGCAUUGCAACCAACAAUCUGUCAAAAAUGUUGGCGGGUCUCAUGAUUCCUGGACGCCCAGUCGGCAAUAUGUAUUUCGCCGCUUGGUCACACAACGUCAUUUCCAAUGCGGUCAACCUGUCUAACGAUCUGAAGAUGGGUGAAUACCUCAAAAUCCCCCCACGGGUCAUGUUCCUCACUCAGAUCUGGGGCACUAUACUCGGCGGGUUUAUCAACUACGCUGUAAUGAUUUCAAUCGUCAGAGAGAACAAAGAGGUUCUCAGUUCCACAAAUGGCAGUAACUCCUGGAGCGGCGCCACAUUGCAGGCCUACAACACUAGUGCAACCUCCUGGGCCCUGGCUUCCUAUCUUUACAAGAUGGGCGGGCAGUACUGGAUGGUACCUAUUGGUAUUGCCAUCGGCGGUGCUUCUGUUGUCGUCCAUCGCAUCUUCUAUCAGUUCGUCCCCAAAAUCCGUGGGUUUGACGUUGCCGAUAUCAACAUGCCCCAAUUCAUUCAAUAUGCUGGCUACAUCCCUUACAACCAGAGUCAGACUUGUGUCCUCUUCAGCUGGGUCUUCGCUGGUUUCUAUGUCCAGUACUACCUCCGCAACUACCGUCCUCGCAUCUUCAAGGACUAUUCAUACUUGGUCACUGGUGCCUUUGAUGGUGCCAGUCUGACUGUGUUGUUCAUUCUCUCCUUUGCGGUGUUCGGUGCUGGAGGUCCUGCCCAUGCCUUCCCUUCGUGGUGGGGUAAUAACGCCAACGGAAACUUUGAUCUCUGCCCGGUAUCUGAUUAG